AACAAACUUGCGCGAAAUGUCAAAAAAGCUAAACACUGAAAAAGUAUAGAAAACAAAAUUGAAGUCAUUUCGUACUUUUCGCAUUGCAAAAGGCGGUGACCAUAGUAUUUAUUAGGAUUCCAAUCAAUUUUGUUUUUAUAAUUAUAAUUUUAAUAUUUUUUGGUGUCGCAGUUGUUUUUUAAUACAACAAGAUGAAUGUGGAACUAACCGAAAAUAUAUUGUUCCGAAGAUUUUGCUACCUUGGCUCGUUUGAGGCAGUAUGUGUACACAAGAGAAAUAAAGACGUGGAGGUAGAACUGUAUUAUCCCAAAUUAAAAGAAAUUUGUGAAAAACUGAAUGACAAAAUAGUUUUACAAAUAUUGAAGUCUGUACUUGUUGGAAAGAAAUUAGUGCGUCGCGAUGAGCCGUUAUUUGCAUUUGCCACAUAUUUGAGUUCUGAAGUUGAUAUCAAAUGGAAAACAACAUUACGUACAUCAAUUGCUGAACUUAUAACAGCCGAUGAGGAUUUAUUCACAUUUGUCAAAUAUUCUUUUCUCAUACAAAAGUUAAAUGGAAGAAAAAUAUUCUCUACAACACAUCGUAAAGCCAUAGCAUUUUGGUACCGUCAACAGACGCAGGAAUCACUUAAUAAUAUGUGGUUUCAUCAUAGGAAAUAUUGUGGCUUCACGCAUAGUGUGUUAAUCAAAUUGUGCAACGUCACAGACGAUGAGUUCCGCUCAUAUAAAAUUUUCUUCAAAAGUUCUGCCGAUAUAAAUAAAGAGACUGCUGAUAGUGAUAACCAAGUGUUAUAUCCUGAAAACAUUAUGCUAAUGGCAAAAUUACGCACCACACGAAACCCAGAGGAGGCUGCAGAAAUUAUACAGAAAGCUAACUUCAGUUAUGAAAAUAUUCCCAGCACAUUUUUGCAGCAUACCGAAGUUUUGCAAGUUUUAUUGAAGAGUAUGCCUUAUAUAGAACUGAUCAAAUGUUUGGCCACAUUAAUUCGUAAUAAGGACGUGAAGUAUAAACCUUCAAUUAAAAUAUGCAAAGAAUUGUUGGAAAAUAAGAAAUUGAUACAUCAGUAUGACAUACAUCCCAUUAUGCUGUUGAUAGAGUUGGAUAAAUCAGGCUUUCUGAAGGACGUAGACAAGGAGGAAUCGAAGAUUGAUUUCAUAAAAACGGAUUUCAUCAAAACGAUUUAUAGGAAAUCCUUUGGAGCAAAUCAAGCUACUGGUUUACGCAUUCAUAUCACGAUUAGUUUGAAUAAAUUAAAUAGAUCUAGAAAAAUACUUUAUCUCAAGAAUCUGACAGAAUACGAUGCUGCUAUUGCGAUUGCCUUUGGUUUCUUUAAAACAGAGCAUAAUGUUGAUGUUUGCUAUUAUGGUGAAAAUGCUCUACAAUUGGAGACAUUGAGAUGGACAAAAGAUAUGAACAUAGAGGAUGCUACUAAAUUUUGCAGAAAAAUAAAUAGAAUAAAAGUUAAACAACCUCUGAUUGCACCAAUUACACACGCCUUGCAAGCAAAAAAUACAUACGAUCUAUUUCUAGUUAUUGUACCAACAGGUGCGUUGAGUAAUCCAAAAAACAAAUCGGACUUCCUAAUGUCGAGGUUAAAUGCAUACCGACAGAAACGCAAUGAAAGAGCAAAGUACGUUUUAUUAGACUUACACAAAAGGAAAAAGUCAAUGCAGUAUUCGGAAACACAUGUGGAGAAUAUCUUGGAAAUUUGUGGCGUUAAUAUGCACUCAGUGGAUGUAAUCAAUAAUUUUGCAUUAAAUAGAUUUCAAUAGAAAAAACAAAAGAUAAUUUAGUUAAAAAAAUUUAAAAAAAAAAGUAUUUAAUCUGUAGUGCUUAAGAAAUUUUAAAAUACUUAUUCAAUUGUAUUACUAAUUUUGUUAAGCAUUUAAUUUUGUUUUUAUAGAAGAUUAUAUAUAGCUAAGUAUUUAUUAUUAUUAAAGGAUAUCUAUUGAUUUUUAUAAAUUAUGGAUUUACAGCUUUUACACAGGAAUUUUUGUAUUAUUACUUAUAACAAAACCUACAAUAGUUAUAGAAACCUCAUUAAUUAAUUUUUUUUUAUUUUAUUUUAAUUGUGAAAUUGUUGAGUAUUCAAUAAACUAGUCCAUCAUUAUUACCCUUUUCCAAAUUAUAAGAUAUUAAGAAGCUAAUUCUAUAUAUUCAUAUCAUGAGCAUGAGCACAGUGCUUUUAUCAAAGACAUGCAUUUUUUUUUCAUAUUAUU